GAACUCUGUUAACCUUUCCUCCGGAAGCGCAACAACAAAAACAGUCCGUGCGGAACCCCGCACCCCAACUCGAGGUCCCGCGGGUGAAUUAUGUAAACACCACAGGAUGAAUGUUCUUUGCGCGUUCGCUGGGUGGCGAUAAUGCGUCCGGAGGCUGCUGGAAAUAAAUGCGAGGAAGCGAAAGCAGCCGUCCGUCUGCUCUGGUUCUGGCUCCGGCUCGCCUUUCGAGACGCGCUCCUCUUCCCACCCCCCCCCCCCCCAGUUCAAACGAUGGCCACGCCGACCAAAACGCCGCCCGGGGCAGACCCGAAGCAGCUGGAGCGGACCGGUACGGUUCGGGAGAUCGGCUCACAGGCGGUGUGGUCGUUGUCCUCCUGCAAACCAGGUUUUGGUGUGGACCAGUUGAGGGAUGACAACCUGGAGACGUACUGGCAAUCGGACGGAUCCCAACCGCAUCUGGUCAACAUCCAGUUUAGGAGGAGGACCACCGUGAAGAUGUUGUGCAUUUACGCCGAUUACAAGUCAGAUGAGAGCUACACGCCCAGCAAGAUCUCCGUCAGAGUGGGGAACAACUUCCAUGACUUGCACGAAGUCAGGCAGUUGGAGAUGGUGGAGCCCAGCGGCUGGAUCCACGUGUCGCUCCUGAACCAGCGGACCGACGAGCCCGUCCGGACGUUCAUGAUUCAGAUCGCCGUGCUGGCCAACCACCAGAAUGGCCGAGACACGCACAUGCGCCAGAUCAAGGUGUACACGCCGGUGCAGGAAAGCUCCGUGGGGAAGUUCCCGCCGUGCACCACCGUGGACUUCAUGAUGUACCGAACCAUCCGGUGAUCCCCGACUCGGAGGCUUUCUGUUUUGUAGCGUACCUUGACUUGUUUGCCAGAGCCACAAUUGUGCCCCCGUCCCUCCGACAACCCAAUAAACCUUUCCCUCCUC